AUGUCAGAGUACAUCAAAGAGGUAGUUGACACUCCAAAACAAUUUGUCAAAGAAGGUACACAGUUUCUAAACCGGUGUACAAAACCGGAUCGACGAGAUUUACGAGUACGAUGGUUCGCAAAGAAUCAUAUAAGUUCGAAAAAAGCAUUACGAAUGAAUCAUAUAGGAUAA